AUGACCACAAAGACUGAAAUUACUCUCUACACAGCGGCAACUCCAAAUGGGAUCAAGGUCCCAAUUCUGCUUGCGGAGCUUGGACUGGAGUACAAGUUGCACCACAUGAAACUGAGAGAGAAUGAACAGAAGGAGCCGUGGUACCUUGACAACAUUAACCCGAAUGGCCGGAUUCCGGCCAUUACGGAUUCGUACGAUGGAAAGCAGAUCCGUGUCUUUGAGAGCGGAGCCGUUAUGGAGUACCUCAUUGACCGCUACGACAAAGACCACAAAGUGUCGUAUCCGAGGAAUUCGCUCGAACAUUGGGAGACAAUAAGCUGGCUCAUGUGGCAGGUGGGUGGCUUGGGGCCCAUGCAAGGACAGCUGGAGCAUUUCAGAAGAUAUGCAGCGGAGAAGAUUGAGUACCCCAUCAACCGCUACGAUGCUGAGACCCGUCGCCUCUACCGCACGAUGGAUACGCACCUAGCCAAGUCUCCUCAUGGAUAUCUGGUUGGUGACCGACUCACCAUCGCCGAUAUUGCCUGCUGGGGUUGGGUUUCGUCUCAUAGCUCGGAUGGCGUCGGCCUUGAGGAGUUCCCUCACCUGGAAAAGUGGCUGCUCAAGCUUCUAAAACGUCCUGGCUUUGAGAAAGGGCGCCAUAUACCGCAGCGUCAUACAGCCUUUGAUUAG